AAAAGAUGAACAAAUGAGAGACAUGGUCAUGAGCACACUGAGCCUUAGUUGUUAAUUUUCCUUUAGAGUACCCACUCUGUCCCCACCACUUUCUAAUAAUUCAUUAAAACCCCUUUCCAACCAUUUCCCUCCUUAUAAAUCAUCCCAAUCUUUCCUUCUUUCUUCCAAUACUUUCAACAACAUGGAGAUUAAGUCUACCUUAACCAACUGUUUCCUUCUCUUCUUUCUCAUCCUUGCUCUCUCUCCUUUCUCAAGAGUUAUAGGGGAAUCUGAAGCAUUGCAUUUGGAGAUAUAUGAGAUUGACUAUAGGGGUCCCGAGACACACUCUUCGAUUAUUCCUCCUCCUCAUCACUUUCAUAUUGGUAAGCCACAUUCAUCUACUCCUCAAAAGGGCUCACAUACAGGAACUAAAGCUUUGAGGGAUUACAGUUACCCAGAAAACAAGGUUAAGAAAGUACAUGGGUGAUGAUGAUCACAAAGCUUUACAAAUUAAAUGGGUCAUAACUUUGAUUUGUGCUCUCAAACAGAAAUAUUUUGUUAGAGUCAUGAGCGUAAAGUUGAGAUAUGGUAUCAUGGUGGUUUGUUUGUUGACGUGUAUAAUUGGUAAUAGAAAGAAAAAACAUUUAAAUAAAUAUAUCAAUUUUU